AUGACUUAUAACCUCACAACCUCGACUUUCUCCUCAACCCUUCCCAAUCUAAUCGAGACCUACCUCCCAUCAUCUCUACACCCGUUCUUCCUCCUCUCUUACCCUAUACAUCCCAAAGCUCACUCGUUUUUACGUCUGGCAUCAACAUCAAAUCACAAUGUUGUCGGACAGAUAUUGUAUGAUAAAGGAUAUAAAGAUAUAUAUUAUUCGAUAUCAUGGGCCAUCAUAUUCACUCUACUCAGGUCGUUCACUAUGAACUAUGUCUUUCAACCUUUCGCGAGCUACAUACUAGAUAGGAAUAGACGUAUAGAGUUGAAACAGAAGAAGAAAAAGAUAAAAGGAGGAGGUGCCGAGGUAGAGGUGGUGGUGGAAGAGAGUAAGAAGGAGAAAAAGCAUAAGAAACAUCUUGUAACUAGGUUCUCGGAACAGGGUUGGAGUAUGUUGUAUUGUACGGUGUUUUGGACAUUGGGGAUGUUCACCCUCUACUCCGUUCCCUCACCCACCUCUCCUGAGCAGUUAUGGGGCACCUACCCCUACACCCCUCUACCGGCUCUAACGAAGUUCUACUACCUCGCUCAAUUGGGAUGGUGGUUCCACCAGAUCUACGUGAUCAACACUGAGAAAAGGAGGAAAGAUCAUUGGCAGAUGUUCGGUCAUCAUAUUUUGACUAUCACCUUGAUCGUCACGAGUUACAUAGCGAACUUCACUAGGAUAGGUGUGGUCAUUCAUGUUUUGAUGGAUUUCUGUGAUAUCUUCUUACCUCUCGCGAAGAUGCUUCGAUACCUCUCCUACUCCCGCUCAUGCGACCUAACAUUCGUCAUCUUUCUAAUCUCAUGGUUAUUCUCCCGAGAAAUCGGUUUAUUCCUAGUCAUCAAAACGUCUUAUCUCGACGCACCAAGGUUCAUUCAAUUUAAGUGGUCCCCAUCGACUGGACAGUAUUUGACGUACAGGACGUAUUUGGGUUUCAUAGGGUUGGUGAGCCUUUUGUGGGUAUUGGCGAGUAUAUGGUUUUACAUGGCUGUGAAAGUCGCUGUUAAAGUUGUUAGAGGUCAGGGGGCAGAAGAUUCAAGGUCGGAUGAUGAAGAUGAGGAUGGACCGACCGAAGAUGGAGAUGGUGAUGGGGAGGUGUUGGAUGAUGUACCUCAGAGUGUGGGUACGACUGCGAAUGGUAUAUCAAAUGGACAUUCACAUUCGAAUGGGAAUGGAAAUGCAGAUGGGACCUUGAAGAAAAGGAAAUAA